UUCCCCACCCUGGUCAGGAUAGCCCAGAGAGAAGUCCUAAGUGUAGACAUGCAGGAGUGGACAGAGAAGUAAACAGUCACUCAUGGCUCCUCGGUACGCUCCCAGUCUUUGGUCUCGGCUGCCUCCCUUGGCCAUAAUACUGCAAAUCAUCUUUAUUGUACUUUUUGCCUUUUUUGUGGAAAUCGAAGAUCUUUCAAAGACGGAUGAAGAAGAGUUUCUUAAUUCAUAUGCAGUCUUUCAGGAUGUCCAUGUUAUUGUGUUCCUGGGUUUCGGCUUCUUGGCCACGUUUCUGGUCCGCUACGGCUUCAGCAGUGUGGGCUUCAGCAUGCUCAUAGCUGCCAUGGCUGUGCAGUGGGCCACUUUACUAAACGGCUUCCUACUGACUUCCCGCUCCAGCUGGACGAUUCGAAUCAAGAUGAAAAGCCUGGUUGAUGCUGAGUUCUGUGCGUGCUCAGCCCUCGUGGCCAUGGGUGCUGUCCACGGAAAGACCAAUCCUGUCCAGCUCCUGCUGAUGUCUCUCGUGGAGGUUACCGGUUUCGUGAUAAACCAGUGGCUCAUCCACAGUUUCUUUAAGACACUGCCCAGCACCAUGUCUCGUGCCAUGUCCCUUCACGUCUUUGGAGCUCUCUUUGGUGUGAUGACAUCGUGGGUGCUUUACCGUCCAGAGAAUGAGCUGAAGCAUGAGAAAGAGAAGUUCAGCAGUAAAUCUGGCUUAUUUGCCAUGUUAGGGACUUUGUUCCUGUGGAUGUUCUGGCCUAGUUUUAACUUGGCACUGGUUAUGAAUAAAAUCAUAGCAUAUGGCACAUAUCUGUCCUUGGCAGUCAGUGUUGUCACGGCGAUGGCCGUCUCUGUGCUGUCCAGCCCCAGAGGGAAAAUCAACUUGGUGCAUGUUCAGGGCUCCAUCCUGGCUGGCGCUGUUGCCAUUGGGGCUGCCAUGACUACAGUUCCAUGGAUGGACAUGACGAUUGGCUUCUGUGCUUCUCUCUUUUCAGUGCUGGGAUUUCGAUAUUUGAAGGGUCAUGUCCUGAUUGCCUUUGAGUGCCACGACACCUGCGGUGUCCUGAACGUACACGCUAUUCCAGGAAUUCUGGGAUGGUUUGCCUAUGUUGUCAUAUGGCUAUCCAGAGCUAAUGACACCACAGAUGCUAUCAGGUUUGCAGUGCAUAACAUCUGUAUAUUGCUCAUGACAGUCAGCAUGAGCCUGGCUUUGGGCACCAUCACAGGAAUUCUCCUCAAAUGGAACCUUUGGAGACCACAGCAGGACAGAAAGUGCUUCGAUGACCAGACAUUCUGGGAGUUUCCACAUUUAGCCGUGCGCAAGUGAGAGGAAAAGAAAUGGAAAGGAUUCGAGGAAAAUGAGGAUUCAAUAAUGGCCUGUGUUUGAGUUUUCUGUAUAGCGUUAUGCAAAAGUUUGGACGCCCCUGCUCAAAUGACACAUUUUGUAGACUGUCUGAUGAAAGUGAACAUGUGCUCCGCACACUUCUGCACUUCUUUUGUGUUUUAGUGUCAGCAAACAAAAAGAAAUUGUGCACUUAAAUCUGCAGAAAGCUUUUGUUUGUUCUCUGUAGAGGAUUUUCUUAGAAAAUCAACACCACGUGACAUUUGACAGGGGUGUUCAAACUUUUGCAUACAAUUGUGUGUGUGUGUGUGUGUGUAGGUUUGUCUGAGUAAACAUUCAACCAGCAAUUCACUUGCACAACAAACAAAACGCUUUCUAAAAUGAAGCAUGAUUGAAUUACUUAAGUGCUGCCAGUGUUCAUAGUAAGGCUCUUGUUCUUACUGGAUUGUGGCAGUUUGUGAGCAGGAUUAUGCUUCUUUCCAAGGGCAGCUUACUUUGCCUUGCAUAUGAAGUGGAGAGAGAUGUUUCUGCUACGUUGGCAUCUCAAAGUUUGGAAUCAUUUCUCAUAUUAAUGUAAUUUUAUUCACUAAUUUAUUAAAUAAUACUUCACACAGUGUGGAUAGACAGCAGAAGGCAUUUCAAAAUGUUUUGGGGAAUAGCAAAGAGUUACCAAAGGAUAAAUAAUAACACUGUAUUUACUAAUUUAUUGUAAUUUCUCGAUAGGUUAUCUGCCUUGAGGUUUGAUCACCGUGUAUUAGAUGUGAGGCACUCAGAAUGUAACUUUAGUAUAACUUCAUUCUCAAAGUUAUACAACUUUCUCAGUCACUAUGGAAUCAUCUACAGUUCCGUUUAAUAUUCUGAACCCAUCUAACACUCCCCUCUAUUUUCCAGCUUCCUUCUAAUGAGCUGAAAUCCAUUAAGCUGUAGAUUAGUAUAACACUGUAGAAUCAUUUCAUACAUUUACCCACAGCAUUUGUUUAUUGUUUGAAAACAAAAGAUCCCAAACUUUUGAAUUGGUUCCAAACAUUUGAGCGCUAGCGUGUAUUUAUUCUGUGCUGUAGUCAAAUUUGGUCAAUUUCUGAUUCAUUAAAGGAAUACUACCAA